AUGAUCUCGCUCGGCUUGUCCAUCGACGCCGACGAGCCCGCCGCGGCCGCGCAGGAGGAGCAGGACGACCAGCCGCCCGCUCUCGAGGCCACCGGUGCGAGCAGCAUGGAAGAAGUCUACAACCUGCGGAUCUACUGUACAGGCGUCGUUAUCGCUUUCGGUGCAGCGCUGUUCGGUUACUGCGCCAGCUUCAUUGGUACAGCGUUGAAGCUACCGGCUUUCCAGCGCGACUUCAACCUCAGCAACGACUCUUCCGCGAAUGCCGACAUCAUCUCCGUCUUCCAGGCUGGCGCCUUCUUCGGCGCUCUCGGCGGCUACCCGUUGAUGGAGAAUCUUGGUCGCAAGAAGACCCUCGUCAUCGCCGCCGUCUUGUUCGACAUCGGCUGCAUCCUCCAGAUUGCGGCGACGCACCAGCUCGGCCUCAUCUACGCGGGUCGCGUCGUGGUAGGCGUCGCUGUCGGCUUCGUGACGACAUGCGCGCCCGUCUACCUCGCCGAGUUGUCGCCUCCUGCAAUCCGAGGACGGCUGGUCGGAUUCUACGAGAUUGCGUACCAGCUCAUGGCGCUCGUAGCGUUCUGGCUGAGCUACGGCAUCCGCCAGCAUCUCGAUCUCUCCAGCUCCGUCACAUGGCGCAUCCCGUUCGCGAUCCAGAUCAUCCCCGGCGGUCUCCUCCUCGUCGGCGCCUGCUUCUUGCGCGAGUCCCCUCGCUACCUCCUCAAGCGUCACCGACCCGAAGAAGCGACACGCAAUCUCUGCUGGCUCCGUAAACUCGAGCCGAGCCACACUUAUAUCGAGGAAGAGCUGUCGGCCACCGUCAUCCAGAUCAACCGGGAGAAGGCUGUCGCGGCGGACUUCAAGGGGAACGCUGCAACUCGCUACUGCCGCGGCUUGUGGCACGAGGCGACGACGCCAGGCAUCCGCAACCGGCUCGUGAUCGGCUUCCUCAUCAUGGCGGCUCAGAACAUGUCCGGCAUUAACAGCAUCAACUACUACUCCCCGACGCUCUUCUCUUCCAUCGGCAUCACCGACGUUACGCUCUACACCGGCAUCUACGGCGUGAUCAAGGCAGCCUCGUCGCUCGUCUUCUUCGCAUUUCUCGUCGAUACCGUCGGCCGCCGCCUCCCGCUCAUCCUCGGCGGCACAUGCUCGGGCUUCUUUAUGCUCUACAUCGCCGUCUUCCUCAAGGUCGGCGACCCGAAUGGCCAGGAAGUCCUGUCGCACUCGACCAAGAUGGGCGGACAAGCGGCGACGGCCUUCCUGUUUCUCUUCUCGGUCAGCUACAGCAUGUCCUGGAACGGUCUCGCCUGGGUUAUCUACCCGACUCGGAUCCGGGGAGCCUGCGCGGCAUGGACCGCUGCAGCACAGUGGUUGUUCCAGUUCAUCAUCGCCCGCGAAACGCCCGACAUGAUCGCCAGCAUGGGCGCUUGGGGCACCUUCCUCCUCUUCAGCAUGUUCAACUUCCUCUCCGCCGUCUUCGCCUUCUUCUUCAUUCCCGAGACGAAGGGCAAGUCGCUCGAGGAGAUGGACGACUUGUUCGGCGUCAAGCGGAUCGACGCCGAUGGGCCGAAGGUCGCGAGCGAGCAGCAGUUUGUCGAGGACAAUAAGGCGGUUGCAAAGUCGGCGGAACAGGAGCCGCAGGAGGUCGUAUGA